GUCGUGCUAUCCUAACACUAACUAGCCACCUUGUCCAGGCGGUGUCAACAAACACGUCAGAAGCUUCGGCGUGGAAAAACGUUUUACUCUCUUGUGGGACAAUUACCCACGUGGACCCAAAAACAUGACUUUCUCCAAAAAUAACAAGAUGUUGAGCCAUAUUGGCUACCGCAUGAAGGUGACCAUGCUGGACAGCCGGACAUUCAUCGGAAUCUUCAAAGCUUUUGACAAGCACAUGAAUGUAAUCCUGGCUGAUUGUGAGGAAUUUCGUUGUGUACGUGGAAAAAAGAAUAAAGAAGAAAAACAGGAGAAGCGGACAAUGGGUUUACUGUUACUACGAGGUGAAACCAUUGUGACCAUGACUCUGGAAGGUCCUCCCCCAGCUGAGGAUGGUUCCCGAGUAAAUCUGCCAGGGGCUGCUCCAGGACCAGGUGUUGGUCGUCCUGCUGGUCGUGGUAUGCCUGGGACCGGAGGAACUGGUUUGCAGGGACCAGUACGUGGAGUGGGUGGCCCUUCACAGCAAAUGAUGCAACCAGCAGCUCGUGCUGGUCCUCAGAUUAAUGUGCCCCCAAGGGGAGGACCUCCUGGAAGUAUGCCACCUCACAUGAUGGGUGGUAUGCCUCCCCACAUGGGUCGUGGUGGUCCUAUGGCACCACCAGGUAGCUCCAUGAUGAGAGGAGGCCCCCCAGGAGGGCGACCCUACUAGAUCCACCUCCAGCUGCCAUCACAAGUGCUUCAAAGUGUUCCAUAUCCAAACCCGAAAAUUUAUUAUAAGAGCAUAUGAUCAGUACAGGAAAGGUACAGUAUAGUAGCUGUGAAGAUUUUUUUUUCUCCUCCUUUCAAGGGUGAUUGUGGCUAGUCAGAGGACAACAACGGCCAUAAGUACCGUAAAGUUCCAAGGUUGCACAACUACCCUUUCCCUUAUCCCCUUUAUUGAUUUAUUUUUAGAAGUGAUGUUGAUACACAGAAAAGGAAGUUGUGUAUAAGUUGGUAAAGGCGGCUUCACGCUAGCAUUUCACUUGUCAACUUUUUCAUUACUCGUUGAUUUUUUCACAAAUCGUCGGCAUUGUCAUUGGCUUUCUGUCAAAUGGUACAGACCGUCUACACUGACGACAACUUACUGGAGUAAUUGAUACUAUAAAUGGUAAUAAAAAAUUAACACUCUUACUUAAAUAUAAAGCUGAAAUUACUAUAAAGUAAUUAUUGCUCUUCUUCCAAAGAUUACUCAUUUAUUAUGUUUAAUUUCGUAAUUUUAAAAAGGUAAGAAAAUGUCGUAUGUUUACAUUUUGACCAUACGGGAAUAACAACAACAUGACGGAACCAACAGAUAAAAUAAUUUUCCAAGUAUGGACAUGCCUCUCCAUGGAGUUCUUGGUGGACUAGAUAAGGCAGCGCCGCUGGCUCUGGGAUCACCAGGCUUCUCAUACACCAAAAAAGGCAUAGAAUUGCUGUGCUUUCUUUGUCAGUUGGAUCCAUCUUGUUUGUUGACAGUUGUUGAUUGAGGGAAACUGCCUAGUUGGUUCUAAAUGCAUGUGUGACGGUGCACAACAAAAAGUUUGUCGAUUUUCUGAAAGUUGACAAAAAAUCAACAAAAGAAUCCCAGUGUGACGCUGCCUUAAUGAUCACUUCUACAAUUAAUGUACAAAAAAAAUUACCCGACUUUUAUUUAUCAAUUUAGAUAUAACUGAUAAGAGAUCAUUUUACAGGAUUGACACAUUGUGUGCCAUAAUUUUUAAUUUUUUUACACCGUUCAGUGGACAGAUGGUAGUGUGGUAGUGAAGGAAACACAAAUAAAGGCGGCAUCACACUAGCACUUUUUCCGUCAAAUUUUCUAGCCCAUCUCGCUCAGACAAAAUGUAUCGUUUCUGCUUGACUUGCUUGUACCAAUUUCUGUGGUCAAGUCAAGAUCUCUACUCGAUAAUGAGGAUAUUUAUAUAAAAUAAAUCGCUGUCUGUGGGACCCAAGGGACGAGCUACAGUAAAAAAAAUGAAGGACAUACAAUGCCAUCUUCUUUGUUUAUAAUUGACAAAUGCAGAAAGACUGGUGCAUUAGUUCUCUGUGAGUGUGUGACAGAGCUCCAUCUCUUAGUUGUGUUUUCUUCACUACCACGCUACCAUUGUUUUUUUUUAUAAUAAAAAUACAGUAUCUUUAAACUUACUGAGCAUUUCAUUAAUAUAUUAGCCUAGGUUAAAGUCCAAUAUUAUUGGUUAUGAAAUGAUGGUUGCAGCAUAUUUGUUUUUAACCUGAAAGUGAAAGUGAUUUGAAUAUACCCCUGUACAUAAGAGGUAGGAACAUGAAAAGUUAUUGGAAGCGAGUAAGCAAAUGAGCAGUUAAAUAUUAGAGGAGGUACUAUAGGGAAAGGAGUGGUGAUGAAACCAACUAUGGGAUGGUAACAGAAUUAGUAUACUGUACAUAAAAGAGGAGAAGCGCCCAUGUGGAAGAAAGUUAGUAAGAAAUGAAAGAUAUGCACAGUGAAACAUAGAAACUGGCAGGGAGGGAAUUAUCAUGGAGUAAAAUAUGUGGGAAUACAGAGAAAAGAAUAAUGAGGGAUGCAAGUGAUCUGUGAGAUCCAUCAAGGUAAAUAAUCCCCUGACAGAGCCUUGAUGUUAAUAACAAUGAGUAGGGUGUAAAGAGAAAUUCAGAAAUAAGGUGAGAGAUUUUUUUAACAUUGCAGUGGAUCAGCAUGCCUUCUGAAGGGUAGAGCUACUGAAAUUAACCUGCUGUUCAGGUAUCUGACAUUUAGCGAUCAUUCACUUAGCAAUAAUUUGGUUUAGUGAUUUAAAAUUUCUACCACCCCUGAUUAUUUAACACUGCAAUUGUUCGGUUUAGUGAUCAUCAACUCACUGGAAAAAAUUCAGGAGGGAAGUCGAAAAAAUGGGGAUUCACCUACCUAACCAGUAUUAUAUACGGGUAAUCAUGAGUCUAAUUCAGUAUAAGAAAGGUGGAAAUAACAAAAUUAAGUGGUGUAAAAUAAAUGCCGAGUGUGAUACUGCAUGUUUUCCGGCCCACUCAGAUAUCAUGGUAACGUUGUAUUUUCAAGGCCAACACUAAACCACUUGGAAAGGGAGCCGCUAUAUAAUAUACUACCUAUGAAUUAGCCAACCUGAAUUUUAGAAAUGAUUUUAAAAAUCAUAAUCUAGCUUUUCUAGCAAAAAAACAAAUUUUUUGGUAACCAGAAGGGUACCUGUCUAGGUUUAUUAUAUAGAAAUCACACAUUGUAGGGGUAUGCUACUAGCACACCACAUAUUAAACCAAGCUGUUUUCACAUUUGUGUUUACCCUGCUUUUGAACAUUGCUAUCUGUGCUUUACUAUAUCGCUGUGUAUAUUAUCGAUCACUGUGCAUUGCAGUUACUGUUGUGACUUUGGUGUUAUUGAGUAUAGUGUACAGACUGUUCAUUACCCUGUACUAAGUGAUUGCUCCUUCCUCUUCCUCUGCUCUUGUUGGCUAACAGGUGGACCAGAUAAGAACUGUUUACUGUCUUCCCUUUAUGUUUUUGACCUUAUGAUAAUUAUUUAUAUUUAUUUAUUUUUGCACAUUCUGUAAUAAAAAAUAUGUGAAUGUAA